UAGUUCACUGCAAAUAAAGUCAGAAAUUAGAGAUAUAUAUUCAUAUAGUUUUAACUUACUCACAAAAUGGAGCAAAUUGAUAUUAAAAAAUUGGGUCCAACAUAUUUCGGCGAUAUAAUACCAAAAUGCGUGAAACAUUUAAGCACUACGAAGGCUGACUAUGUCGAUCACUCAAAGACCAAACGCACAACUAUUCAGGGCAAGAAAAAGCAAACCGAUCCCUCACUUAUAUCCGGACACUAUGCACACAAUUUGAAGGUAGAUGGUCAAGAAUUGAAAACCCUAACAUGGCCAACCGCAAUGGAUUGGCGAGAAGAGUAUCGACAGUAUCUGUUGCGUAUGAAAUGGUGCAAUGAGGAUAUCUAUAAACUCUUCUUUGUCUGCCCUCCUGUGAAGUACGAUCAAAUUGAACAGUUUCUCAAGGAUCUGCACAAGACGGUCUAUAUAAUAGACUAUUCGCCAGAUGAAUAUGUUUCACUUAAAAAACAAAAGAAUGUUAAUGAACAUGAUCCAGCAGACAAACUCGAUUUCGUUAGAAAGGACUAUCAGACUACCUAUGGCAAUUAUUAUAAUCGCCUGCAGGAUCUGGCGCACUUUAAGGAGGGUUGCUAUCCGACACCGAAACCUAAGAACAUGUCCAUUGAUACGUUUGAAAAGACGAUGCGUAAACUAUUUAGAAAAUACGAUCUCACAACUUAUUAUGAGGAGUUGUGUUUGCCGGCUUUGAUGAAGGCUAAGGAUGGUAUCAUGCCAUCUGGUCCCAUCGAUCGUUAUACAUUGCGCAAAUAUUAGGAUUCUGUUUCUUUUUUUAUACUUACGCUCGCUCCCAUUCGUGGAAGAGCGGCAGGAUGCGAUUAGAGUGAGGUACGGGCAUAUAGAUCAUGGCAUAUUUUAAAUAAACAUUGGAGUCCUGCAAAUAA